UCCAGCCGCCAUCACGUGUGUUGGCAGGGGAGGAAGGGAGUGCGACAGUCCCAUGACCCACAGCAUCUGGGGGGCAGCAUCUUGGACUCUGAGCUGCUGCUGCUGCUCCUCCCCACACCUUUAGAAGUGGAUUCUCCAAAGAAGAAGUAGCGAGAAUUCAGCAAGAGGUUAACAUCUCCUAUCUGCCAGAUGCGGACACAACCAGGGAAAGGGAAACAGACUCUAUAGUUCGAGAGAACCACUGGCAAUCUUCACUUCUGACACUCAGAGCCGUUCUGCCCAUGAGAGCAGAACCAAGGAAGAAGAAGAAAGUGGAUCCAAAGAGAGACAUUGCCAUAAAAGAGCGAAUGAGGAAGAAGAUAAAAAAACUGGAAAAAGCCUCGCAGGAAAUGAUUCCCAUUGAAGACUUUAUAACACCAGCCAGAUUCAUGGAUGAAAAAAGGGUCCGAGAGACCUCCCCUCUGUCCUUUGAGGAGAGUGAAAGGCGAGCUUUGCUGAUGAAGAAGUGGACUCUAUACAAGCUAGGGCAGAGCAAGGCCGAGAGGAACACCAUCCAGUCCUUACUGAAAGCCCAAGAAGAGGCAUUGAAAGAACUGCGCUUCGAGUCGGAGCCAUUGUACCAGGCCGCAAUUCGACGGGAUGAUGGGCUCUUCCCUUUUGAGAGGGCGGAGCCUAUAUUCACUCCGCCGCUGCCUGUCUAUGAGGCUCCCGACGGAAAAUGCAACGACGUCACCAAAGUAUAUACGCAGUGAUGUGGGAAGCUUGCUGCACGACACGUGGAAGAUGCUGCGUCGAGUAAAGGCAAACCGAUGGA